GUUUGGCCAAGCCUGCGAAGGCCAUUAGGCAGCUUGUACGGCACCCUACCGCAGCCGAGAAAGCGACGAGCGCUCGCAGCCUUACCACCACAACUCGCGCCCUCGCGGGGCUGCCGGACGCCCUCCAACGGGGGCAUACCAAGACAGAUCAGCAGAGGGGCUGCCUGCCAGACGCCGUCGACGCGAGCCACGAUAGACCAUGGGAGACGCUAAGGUCGUCCCCACGAAGCCCUCGACGCUGCCCGAGGUCGGCUUCGGGCGGCGCAAGGUCGCCGCCGUCGCCGCGACGAAAUUGCUCGCGCGAAAGAAGAAGGCGACGCUCCUCCACAAGACGGCGCCCAAGCCGCCGCUGACCUACCAGUACCACGUCGGCAAGGGCAACAACUCGCGCCUCAUCCUGCAGGCCCUGAGGAAGCGACCGUGGUUCGUCCCCAAGAAUGAUAGCUCAAAGCAGCGCGUCUUUGUCUGGGAGAUGUAUCGCAAUAGGAAGCGGUUUGAAAGGGAGAAGAACCGCAUCGCGUGCAACCACCUCGAGCACAACACCUGCCUGGUCAAUAAAGAUGGAUUGUAUCGGACGAUGCGCGCGUACUGUGCGACUGAAGGACGGGAGCCCAUGGAUCAGUUCAUGCCCCUCACGUUCCACGUGACCACUCUGGAAGAUGAGGAGUGGACGUCGUUCAAGGCGGCGUUCGUGAAGCACUCUACUGAGGAGCAAGAGGCGCGCGCCACGAACUUGUGGAUCCUCAAGCCGGCGAGCAUGUCGAACCGGGGCUUCGGCAUCCGGGUGGCGAACGACCUGGCGGUACGUGUUCCGGCGUCCUUCUCUGUCGGUGAGUCGUCGCGGCGAUGGCGUCUGCGAGAGCGCCUCAUGCGCCAUCGACGCGGCGAGCGACCGGCGACGCCGUCCGCGAGAGUUUGGUACAGCCCGCACGCCAUCGACGCGGCUCAUUGCUGAACCCCAACGCAGGAGAUCGAGGCCAUCGUGAGCACGGAGGCGCGGAAGGACGCGCGAUGCGGCGGCUGGGUCUGUCAGAAGUACAUUGAAAGGCCCUUACUCAUCGACGGAAGAAAGUUCGAUAUUCGGGCCUUUUGCCUGCUGGUGACCGACCGGAAGGGUCGCAUCCAGGCCUACGCGCACCGGUCCUGUUCCUACGUGCGGACGUCCUCCACCAAGUACUCGCUCAAGCCCCAGGACCUGGCCAAGAAGGGCGUCCAUCUGGUCAAUGACGGCGUCCAGAACAAAGAGGAGUCCUACGGCAAGUUCGAGGCCGGCAACAAGCUGGCGCUGGCGGAUUUCGCGCAACGCGUCGACGCGCCCGCCAAUUGGCUGGAGGAGACGCUCAUACCAAGGAUGGAGGCCAUCAUGCGGUACACGAUCGACGCCGCCCACGCCAGGCUGAACCCGAAGAAGCGCCAGGCGUGCUUCGAAUUGCUCGGGUUUGACUUUAUGCUCGAUGCUGAUUUACGCGUUGAUUUGAUCGAGAUUAACAGCAACCCGUGCCUCGAAACGUGGAGCUGUCCCUUGUUGGAGGGAUUGAUACCGAAGCUCGUGGACGACGUGCUGCGCGUGGGCUUGGACCAGAUAUUGCCUCCUCCGUCCAAGGCGAAAUUGACGAAGCGCCAAACUGAAGCUGUCGAAGCUUUGGAGGCCGCGGGGCACGACUUCACAAAGAUUUUCGGCCCGUCUGAGGAGCAUGUUCAUUUCGCGGAGGCGCCGGCCGAGCCUGCUUCGGAGCCGACCGCGGAGCCGAGCGCGGGGACCGCGGCGGGCGGCGGGUGGGUGAAGCGCGUCGACCCUGAUACGGGUGCUGCGUUCUUCGCCAAAGAGUAAGUGUGUGUUGUGUGUCUGGCC